AUGGAUGAUGACAUAGCCGUCAUUGGUCUUGGCCUUCGCUUCCCCGGGGAAGCCACCAAUCCGGAGAGCCUGUGGAAGGUUUUGGAGGCUGGAGAGUCACAGUGGUCCGAGAUACCUAAAGAGCGGCUAAAUGUUGAUGGAUAUUAUCAUCCCAGUGGAGAUCGACAAGGGAGUAUCUCGUUCAAGGGAGCACAUCUUCUCAAAGGAGACAUCAGAGCCUUUGACGCGACUUUCUUCUCAAUUCCCUCGGAAGAUGCCAGAGCAAUCGACCCUCAGCAACGAAUGCUGUUGGAGGUCUCGUAUGAGGCACUCGAAAACGCUGGUCUGAAAAAGGAAGAUGUUUACGGAAGCGAUACUUCCGUUUACGUCGGAUCGUUUGUCAAAGACUACGAACAAGUAUGUCUUCGAGACCCGGAUUGGUCUCCACAAUAUGCCGCCACCGGCAACGGCAUUGCCAUUAUGGCAAACCGGAUUUCAUACUUCUUCAACUUCCAUGGACCUAGUGUGACAGUCGACACUGGCUGCAGUGGCAGUUUAGUAUCUGUCCACCUGGGAGCCCAAAGCCUGCGCAACAGGGAGUCGUCUCUUGCCAUAGCUGCAGGGGCGGGCAUGAUUCUCACACCAAGCACCAUGAUGCCAAUGACUGCCUUGAACUUCCUGAGUCCAGAUGGAAAGUGCUUUACUUUUGACAAACGAGCUAACGGUUACGGUCGCGGAGAAGGUAUCGGUGUUGUUGUCAUGAAGCGCCUAUCCGAUGCUCUUCGAGAUAACGACACAAUCCGAGCUGUCAUUCGUGGCACUUCAAUUAACCAAGAUGGUCGAACGACCGGAAUCACUCUCCCCAGUAAGGAGGCUCAGAUGGCAAACAUCCGAACCGUGUACAAGUCGGCCGGCCUUGACUUUGACCAGACCGCAUAUGUUGAGUGUCAUGGAACAGGAACACAGGCGGGCGAUUGGCGAGAGCUCAAGGCCAUUUCUGAAACACUAGCAGCCGAUCGAGAUAUCAGGAAACCAAUUGUGGUUGGAUCGAUAAAGCCGAAUAUUGGCCAUCUUGAGGGCGCCGCCGGAGUGGCUGGGUUGAUUAAAGGAGUCAUGGUUCUCGAAAAAGGCAAAAUUCCGCCCAACAUCAACUUCCAAUCUGGCAACCCAGACAUAAACUUUGAAUCCUGGAGGGUCAGAGUUCCGACGGCUGUUAUGGAUUGGCCCAACCCUGGACUUCGCAGAGUAAGCGUUAAUUGCUUCGGCUUCGGAGGCACGAAUGCCCACGCAAUUUUGGACGAAGCGCCAGAAUACUUGCUAUCCCGCGGCUUGGUCGGGAACCAUAGCUCUGUUGAUGUGACUUCUUCAAGCUCCGACCAACUCAGGCUUGACAAGGAUGCUACCGACACACCCGAGAAUGAUGAGUAUCAGCUCUUUUGCUACUCUGCUCACGAAAGGGGUGGCGUAUCCCGUAUCAUGGGUUCUCACUCGGAGUACAUCAAGGCACAGGCGAAAACAGGAUCCCGAGCGUUGUUGCGAAACUACUCAUACACCCUCGCUUGCCGCCGGUCAGUUAUGGAAUGGAAAGGGUUCGUCGUGGCAAAGUCGAUGACAGAACUUGCAGCUAAACUUGAAACUGCUGGGUCUUCAAAGACUGUCCGUUCGUCUAGCAAAGGGCAGCCACGCAUUGGCUUUGUCUUCUCCGGGCAAGGAACCCAAUGGGCUAAGAUGGGUCAAGAUCUGAUGGAGUUUGCAGUCUUCAGAGACAGUCUCGAAGACGCAUGCGAGUAUUUGUUGCAUUCUCUUCAGUCGCCUUUCAACUUGAUCAGAGAGAUUAUGAGGGAUGAACCCGACUCGGACAUUUCAUACCCUCACAUUGCACAGCCUGCUACGACAGCAAUCCAAGUAGCCUUGGUCGACCUUCUUCGCUCUUUUGGUGUCUCGCCUACAAGCAUAAUUGGUCACUCUUCGGGCGAAAUAGCUGCUGCCUACGCUGGAGGCGCCAUUUCCCGGUUCCAUGCAUGGGAAAUCGCCUACUUCCGGGGAUUGGCUGCUAUCAGCAUGCCAAUCCGGGCUCCAAAGCUGAAAGGAGCUAUGAUGGUGCUAGGCAUGUCAGUCGACGAGACACAAAAGUACCUGGAAGACAAGCACUUAUCGGCAGAGAUUGCCUGUGUCAAUAGUCCAGCAUCAACAACCAUUUCAGGCAGAGUUGAGGCCAUAGAGGCCAUUGCUCAAGGUCUUGAUGAACAAAAACAGAAGACAUUCCACCGUACUCUGAAAGUUCGGACUGCGUACCACUCAUCCCACAUGCGGCUUGUCGAGCACGAUUACAGAGACUCUCUUGUAUCCAUAGAACCGAGAGCGCUUCAAGGCCAAGUCCAGAUGUUCUCCUCCGUCACUGGGAAGUCUGUUCGGGGAGAAGAACUGGGGCCUCGCUACUGGUCCGAUAACAUGGUCAAUCCCGUGCAAUACGUGGCAGCGUUGACGUCCAUGAUGGAGCAGCCAGUCGAGUCUCGCCCCGAGAUUCUCAUCGAAAUUGGCCCUCGAGCUGCCUUGCGGUCGCCUACGGCAGAGACCAUGGCGUCCUUUGUUCGCCCAGACUCGAUCCCCAAAUACUACUCCGUCAUGCAGCCAAAGACCAAUGGUGUCUUAAAAGUCCUCGGGCUGGUGGGAGAUCUUUGGACCGAAGGCUACUGCUUGAACAUGGAGCAGGUUGUUUCUCGAGGUGAGAUCCAAAGGAUGAAGUGCCUGUCCAACCUCCCCCCAUACCCAUGGAAUCAUGACAAGUCAUACUGGCAUGAGUCGCAUCUCAGUGUUGCCAAUAGAAAUCGAGAAUAUCCCCGUCAAGACCUGAUUGGGGCAAUGACUGCAGACUCAACCCCCUUUGAGCCGCGUUGGCGUGGCUUCCUUCGAGUCUCGGAGAACCCCUGGAUUCAGGACCACCAAGUCCAGAAAACUAUUGUAUAUCCGGCUGCGGGUAUGAUUUCUAUGGUCCUUGAAGGGGCCAAACAGAUAAGACCGGAAAUCAAUGGCUUUCUGGGGUACGAAAUCAGUGGCAUGCAUCUUUCAAAGGCCAUGAUGGUUCCCAACACGGAGCAUGGCCUCGAGGUGGCACUGAAUAUCAAGAUUACUACCGACAUCAGUGGGCAAGUUCAGCCCAAGGCCAGUCACCAGUUUUCCAUCUACUCCAAACACUUGGGUCGAGACUGGGAACAGCAUGCCACUGGACUUGUACAGUUCAAGUACUCGGGUUGUUGUGGUUUGGACCCAACCGCAGCUCAUGACGAUGAGCUGGACAAGAUCUCCAGUAGAUGCAAGAAGGCCAUAAACUCCCGUCAACUUUAUGAAGAUUUGGACACCAUUGGCAUGAACUACGGUCAAACUUUCCAGAAUGUAUCCAAUAUCUACAAAGGCCAGGGAGUUUGUGUGUGCAAGGUCAGCGUUCCAGACACCAAGUCCAAGAUGCCUGCCAAGUUCGAAUAUCCACACAUAAUUCACCCAGCAACCUUGGACUCCAUGUUUCAUCCUUUAUUUGCCAUUGAGACGGUUCCCAUGGUUCCAAAUUUUAUCGAGAGUCUCUUUGUGUCGACUGGCAUUGAUCAGGAUGGUCCAAAAUUGUUUUCUGGUUUCGCCACCGCCAAGCGUGUCGGACUGCAGGGUGCCUCUGCAAAGAUUGUCAUGAACGGCUACGGAGCCCCCAAGUCUCAAGUCAUUGUCAAUGGGCUGCACCUGACUGCUAUCCAUUCUGUCGGUGCCUCGCAGGAUAGGUUCCUUCCAAACUUUCGAAAUUUGUGCACGGAGAUUGUCUGGCGGGAAGACGCAGCCUUCGACUCGUCUACUGACCUCACGGAUCAAAUUUGCAUUCUUGCUCACAAAUUUCCAGGACUGGCUGUCUUGCAGGUUGGGGGCACUUCAGAGAACGCAACACAGCUACUGCAAGACCUCGCUCUUGCUGAAGAUGACGCGCCACGUCUCUCCAAGUUCACAUUGCUGGAACGCAAGGACUCGGACGCUUUUAAAGAAGUGAUGGAGACACUCAAAGAAAGUCCAGUGGAGCGCUUCAUUGAGCGAAAAACAGCCAUGGCGGACGUGAACUCCAAAUACCAUCUCAUCAUCUCGUACGGCCGUCUCGGCUCGGAAGUGAAGGAACUGAAGGACCGCCUCAAAGUUGGAGGCGUACUCAUGCAAGCCAGGUCUUCGUUGCGAAACCACUCUGCCGGCGCCAAUGGUCAUAGCGACGAACAAGACUCGGUACACUCGGUCCAUCCGAUUGUGUAUAGGCGUCCUGCUGCGUUGCUGAAAUCACCUGCUCCGCCACUCAUUUUACUUGCACCAGAGCAUGCGACUGACGAGAUCUCAGCUUUUGUCGAACUAGUGAAGUCCUACCAGACCAAGUCUGCUCAAGAGUACCAGGUAUGGGCCUUGAAUUCUCAAGAAAUUCUCAGCCAUGGCUCCCUCGUUGAGAGAUCGGUCAUUCUUUCACUGCUUGACGUUUGUCCUUCGCUUGAUCAGCACCACUCCAUCAUGCAGUGGGAUGAAUUCCACUUCAACUUGUUCAAGGACAUUCAGAGGGCGUCAAAGGGGAUGAUCUGGCUCACUCGCGGCGCUCACAUGAAUCCCCGCGACUUGCAAGGGUCGUCGAUUAUUGGCCUCGCAAGAACGCUCAUGUCAGAAGACCCUCGCAAGGUCAUUGUCACGUUUGAUCUGGAUGUGUCCACGAAAACAAAUGACAAAGCGCUCGUAAAUAAUAUCAUGACCGUGUUUUCUCAGACGUUCUGCGAAGAAGCGGCAUCAGAUUAUCCCGAAAUGGAAUUUGCGGAAAAGGAUGGCAAGGUCUUCAUUCCCCGGUUGAGAACAAUACAAGGCUUGAACCGAAUCAUCGAAGGCAACAACCCCAGUGUCUUGAGAAUUCGGCCUUUCCACAACGACCAAACUACUCCGGGGAGCACGUUAAACGUGAAGCUCUCUAUUGUCAACGCAGGUCUGUCCAACGACUCGUGGCAUUACACUGAAUUUCCCCGAACAGACAUACUUCCCGACGAAGUCGAGAUCAGAUUUAGCCAGACCCUUCUCGUAUCCCAGGACGUCGAAACAGUUCUUGGGCGCGACUUUGAAUCCAGCAUUGGCCUUGAUGUGCGAGGAACCAUCACCAGGAUUGGACGAAGUGUAACAGAGUUCCUUCCUGGAGAUGAAGUUGUAGGGCUGGUAUCCGGUGGAAGUAUUCAAAGCACGGUCAAGGUCAGACUGCCCUUCAUCCAGCGUCGUGAAACAAGUUUGUUCCCGAGUCAGCUCAUCAGCGCGUACUACGCAAUUGUCCAUAUGGGUAGGGGGAGACCAGGCAAAUCAGCCUUCGUUCAUGCUGGCGCGAGUGCGUAUGGCCUCGCGGCCAUCGCCUUUGCCAGGAUGCUGGGCGUCAAGGUGUAUACGACAGUUGUCGGGCCAGACCCCGAUGGUCAGCGCAAGAUCCUCGAGGGCUGCGGACUGACUUCGGACACAAUCUUCAGCGCCGAGGGCGAUUUCGUCCCACACGUCCUGUCAAUGACAGACGGCAAAGGUGUGGACAUCCUCUGCAGCACGGCGCGAGAUGAUGUGAACGGCGUUGAAAAAUGUGUCAAGGACUGUGGCGUGAUUGUGCGGCUUCUUGGUGGUAGCCCGUACUCUAUCGGGCGAAAUUUCGGUUCGACAAGUCGUGCCACUGUUGUCAAUUUUGACCUGCGACGGCUGCUGAGAGAGGACGCGGAUUUCGUGGCAGAGCUACUCGAAUCGUCAUCUGAGCUCCUUGGGCAGAAGCACUUUGAUGAUUCAAUCUUCGCCUCGACGGCACAGGAUUUCAGCAUCGAAUCGCUGGAUAAGGCGCUAAAAUAUGUUCAGGCACACCCAUAUCAGGGCCUCUGCACGGUCUCGGCCGGCUCUGAGGAGGAUCAGAGAGUUCAUGUACUCUGUGACAAUGACUGCAAGUCUCUGAACGAUGUCAUCGAUCCCGAGGGAACAUAUCUGCUGGCCGGUGGGCUCGGUGGUCUGGGGCGAAGCAUCGCCGAGCUUCUCACAGCCCAUGGCGCGAAGCAUCUGGCAUUCGUCUCUCGAUCAGGAACAUCGAAUAGCCAAGCCCGUGCCUUCGUCGAGGACUUGCAGAAUAGGGGCGCCGACGCAAAAGUUUAUCAAGCCGAUCUUUGUGACAUGGAGUCUCUCUCAGCAGUCAUCAAGAGCCAGGUGUCUGUUCAGAUGCCCCCGAUCCGAGGAGUAUUCCAGUGCGCCGCCGUCAUUCAGGACUCAGUCUUCGACAACAUGACGUACCAAAUGUGGAAUGCCGCAUACAAGCCAAAGACCCAAGGUUCUUGGAACCUGGUCAAGACAACGGCAGACCUGGAUAGCCAACCCUUCUUCAUCUUCCUGGCCAGUUCAGCGGGGGUCAUUGGCAAUCGGGGACAAGCCAACUACGCAGCCGGAAACAGCUUCAAAGACGCUCUAGCCCAUCACUGUCGCCUCCGAGGCGUCCCAGCGGUAUCCAUCGACCUCGGCCCCGUCCUCGGAGCAGGCAUGCUCGCCGGGGACGACGACAUGCUGGACAAGCUCCGUGCCGCCGGCUUCUACGGCAUCCGCCACGACGACUUCCUCACGGUUGUCAAGCACGCCAUCACCAUGGACAUGGGCCAUUCGGGCGGCACCACGCCGGCUCAGGUCAUCCUCGGAGUAGGAACAGGCGGCCUGCUGCGCCAGAACAAACCAGCGGACCCGUACUGGUCACGCACCGCGCUCUACUCCCACCUGAACUUGAUAGACGUGCCGCCGCCAGACCUCGAUGGCCCGAACGAAGAGCAAGGGGCCAACAUGAAGACCCUCCUGGCAAGGUGCAGCAGCACAGAGGGCGCCGUGGAUCUCAUCCGCCUCGGGCUAUCCAACAUGCUCGCCAAGGCUACGAAUCUGCUCCCCGAAGAAGUUGACGUCGACAAACCACCAAGUGCGUACGGCGUUGACUCGCUUGUCGCCGUUGGAGUCAGGAAUUGGGUACUGAGUAAUUGCAACGUCGAGGUUUCGGUCUUUGAGGUACUGAGCAACGACACGAUUAUGGAUAUGGCGCGUAUGAUUGCGACGAGGGGCGGAUACGAAAAGGCAUGA